GAGCCGCGGGCGUUCCUGUGUUUGAGGGCGACCUCAAACGGGAGUACAUGGCCGGCUCGAUCGUUGACCUGACCUGCACUAGCGUCGGAGGUCAUCCACCAACCUGCCAUAAGGAUCUACAAAGGCGAAGAGGAGAUUCCAACGAGUCUCCUGCUGGAGGCCAACAUCUCAAGGGCGACGGCGGAAAUUGAGGUCACGCCAGUCGAUAACGGGGUCAAGGUCACGUGCGAGGUGUCCAACCCCGCCACGCCACACCCUCUUAGUAUCUCGAAGAUCAUCAUUGUACUGUUUCCCCCGUGGGAGGUGACCGGGUCGGCGUUCCCCAACACGGUGGAGGCAGGAACGAUGGUGAACCUGACGUGCGAGUCGUCGUCCAGCGUGCCCCCCGCCAACCUCACCUGGCGCUCCGACGGCACGAGGAUUGAGGGCACCGUCGUUCGCAGAAGCCAGGCGGCCUUCGGGGGAACCAGCACCACAUCGACUCUCCAGCUCAUGACGACGGCAGAGGACAACGGGCGUAUUUUCGAGUGCGAAGCGGACAAUGGACUGGGCACGGUCAUGGACACACGAAUCGACCUCAACGUAUUGC